AUGGACGUUGUAUUUGCAGUUGACACUAGAAAUAUGGCUAAAGCUACAUUCCACAACGUUAUGAAGGCAAUAUCACAAUUUGCGAACAAGGUCGACCUCUCUCCUGAUGUGACCCGAUUCGGAUUGGUCUAUGGAAGCAAGGAAAUUGUUGUUCCUUUGACUCUGGGUGGAUAUCAAGAGAAAGAGCAUAUGAGGGAACAGAUGCGGCGUAUCGCUUUCACAGAAGAUUCAUCCAGUGAUGUAGUUUCGAUAUAUGAUCCGGUGAAGCAACAAUUUGAUAUGUUUCCUCGGUUGGAUUCCUCAAAAAUUGCCAUCGUGAUAGGACACCAACUGACCAGAAGGAUGGACUUGACUGGAAAGUCCAUCUGGGUGUGCGAUGGGUAUACCGGGAUAGCAUUCUAG